UGUAUUAGUGUGUAUAUAUAAACAUGAUGGUAAUUAAUUUGGUCCUUAUUCUACAUCACGUCGUUGUUUAUGCAGAUGCUGAUGUGCGUUUAGCUAGAAGGAUUAAACGCGAUACUGUUGAGAAGGGCAGAGAUAUUGCCACUAUUCUUGACCAGUACUCGAAGUUUGUGAAGCCAGCAUUUGAGGAUUUUAUUCUACCAACGAAGAAAUACGCAGAUAUAAUAAUUCCCCGAGGAGGUGAUAACCAUGUUGCUAUUGAUUUGAUUGUGCAACACAUCCACACAAAGCUCGGUCAACAUGAUCUCUGUAAAAUCUAUCCAAAUCUUUAUGUUAUUCAAUCAACUUUUCAGAUACGUGGGAUGCACACUCUAAUCCGAGACUCUAAAACAACAAAGCAUGACUUCAUCUUCUACUCCGAUCGAUUGAUUCGUUUGGUGGUUGAGCACGGCCUCGGGCACCUUCCCUUCACAGAAAAGCAAGUGGUCACUCCCACAGGAUCUGUGUAUUCGGGUGUGGACUUCUGUAAGAGGCUGUGUGGUGUCUCAGUUAUCAGAAGCGGUGAGAGUAUGGAGAACGCUCUAAGAGCAUGCUGCAAAGGAAUCAAAAUUGGAAAGAUUCUGAUUCAUAGAGAAGGGGACAACGGGCAACAGCUUAUCUACGAGAAGCUACCCUCAGACAUUUCGGAAAGGCAUGUGCUUUUGCUAGACCCAAUCCUGGGGACAGGAAACUCGGCGGUGCAAGCAAUAAGACUGCUCAUAAGCAAAGGCGUGCCUGAGUCCAACAUCAUAUUUCUCAAUCUCAUAUCUGCACCUCAAGGAGUAAAUGUGGUGUGCAAAAAGUUCCCAAGGAUAAAGAUUGUGACUUCUGAGAUAGACAUCGGUUUGAAUGAUCAAUUCCGAGUUGUUCCCGGUAUGGGGGAGUUUGGAGACCGCUAUUUUGGGACGGAUGAUGAGUGAGAGUGAGAGAGAGCUUUUUUGCCUUGCUCUGAAAAUUUUGAUAAAUUAUUUUUGGUUUUCAAAUAUGUUAUACGGAUUUCAUGAUCACACCUAUACGUAUACCACCAACAAACAAAUUUCCAAGUAAUGUAAACACAGUUGGUUUGGGUCCAUCAUCCACGUGUGUCUCACUCUCUCUACUCCAGUUGACCAUUGACGUAACUCCAAUGGGACGAUAAAACCAAUCGAGCUCUAUUAACGUGAAGGGAGUUUACUCCGGAUAAACCAAACCGAACCAUGUUUUUAGUGUGGUUUAAAUGAAUUUAAUUUUUA